UUCCAGCACACAAUCACAUCUGCUUUUGGCCAGAACUGGUGCUGAACGACUUGAGGUUCUUGUCAGCCUCCCUCUCUCUCGCUCUCUCUCUCAUUGCUCUCUCUCUCCUUUUUUUUUUUUUGAUUGCAAUUGAUCAGCUUUUAUAUCAGUGCACCUCGAGAGACUGCAUCACACAGGCAGCGCAGGGCAAGAGGCAGCUGUCUUAUUUCCAUCAGCACACAUGAUCCUGUGGCGUUCUACCAGAGUAGCUUUCUGAUGGCACAAUCUGCUCUCAUUGAGUUCACUAGGACGGGAUGCUUCAAGAAUUGAGUGCAAGUGCCUUCUUCCCACCUUGCUCUCAGCACAGGACGCUAGCUCAAGUACCAGAUAACGAUGAGCAGUUUGUGCCAGACUAUCAGGGGGAUAACUUGGCUUUUCAUGGUGUCCCAUUAAAAAUCAAGAAAGAACCGCACAGUCCCUCCUCUGAACUGAACACCGCCUGCAGCCAGGAACAGCCUUUCAAGUUCAGCUAUGGCGAAAAGUGCCUGUACAAUGUCAGUGCCUAUGAUCAGAAACCACAAGUUGGAAUGAGGCCCUCUAACCCGCCAACUCCUUCCAGCACACCAGUGUCUCCAUUACACCAUGCGUCACCCAACUCAGCUCAGAACCCAAAACCAGACCGUCUCUUCCCCCCGCACCUUCCUCCAUCUCAGCCCCUCCCAGACUCCAACUACACCAUGGAUCACAGGUUUCGCAGACAGCUCUCCGAACCAUGCAAUUCUUUUCCGCCGCUCCCUGCGCUGCCGCAAGACGGCAGGCCCAUUUACCAACGCCAGAUGUCGGAGCCAAGUAUCCAGUUCCCCCCUCAAGGAUUUAAACAAGAAUUUCACGACCCGGUGUAUGAACACAGCACUAUGGUGGGGAACGCUCCCAGCCAGACCUUUCCUCCUCCUCUCAUGAUUAAGCAGGAGCCAAGAGAUUUCGCUUAUGACUCAGAAGUGCCUAGCUGCCAUUCCAUUUACAUGAGGCAAGAAGCUUUUCUGGCUCAUCCCAAUGGCACAGAAGGCUGCAUGUAUGAGAAAGGUCCGCGGCAGUUCUACGAUGACACCUGCGUGGUCCCUGAGAAAUUUGAAGGUGAUAUUAAACAGGAGCCGGGUUUGUACCGCGAAGGACCCACCUAUCAGCGGAGAGGAUCCCUUCAACUGUGGCAGUUCUUAGUUGCACUUCUUGAUGACCCGGCCAAUUCCCACUUCAUUGCAUGGACAGGCCGAGGCAUGGAGUUUAAGCUAAUUGAGCCAGAGGAGGUGGCACGACGAUGGGGCAUCCAAAAAAACAGGCCAGCUAUGAACUAUGAUAAGCUUAGCCGUUCACUGAGAUACUAUUAUGAAAAGGGAAUUAUGCAGAAGGUUGCCGGCGAGAGAUACGUGUACAAAUUCGUAUGCGACCCGGAAGCCCUGUUCUCCAUGGCCUUCCCAGACAAUCAGCGACCGUUGUUGAAAACGGACAUGGAGAGGCACGUCAACGAGGAAGACACUGUACCGCUGUCUCACUUUGACGAAAACAUCCCCUACAUGCAAGACGGCGGUUACUGUAACACUCACCCAUACAAUGAAGGAUACGUUUACUAGCGAUAAAGACGGACGAUGGAUCUUUUCACUUUUCUUCGCCAGGCCCAAGAAAAGCAAAAUAUACUUUUUUUUAUAAAUAUAUAUAUAAAUAUAUUUAGUAGUUCCUAAAUGGGCUUUUCCUGUUGCAUAUCUCAAUUGGUCUGCCAUGGACAGAGCACUUUACUUGUGGGACUCGGGAUAACACAUAAAACGAUGUAUGUAACAGAAUGAUAAAAGAAGAUGGAAAUAUUCAUUUAUGCUCGGGAAGGGAAGCUUACGGUACUACAUUACAAGUCAUGUCUGUAUUUACUUUUAUUUUUUUUUUCCUCUUUUAAAUCUCAUAAUAUAUUGUACAUUAUUUUCUUUUUUUU